GUGAAAUGGAGAGGACAAGUGGCUCUAAGACCACACUGUCUGACCACAGCGGGCAGCGGCACGGAGAAGAAGCCAUGGAUUACCCGUGCCUGACCAAACGCCUCCGGAAGCCAGAAACCCUUCCAUCUUCUUCCCGAUCCAACCCAAAUCCCAACCCCUUAUCCACCUCCGAAUCCCCGUCGAUCCGACGGGAAACUGUCCCGCCGCCGCCGCCGCCGCCGCCAGAGGGAACUUCGAUCAUCACCGACGACCGCCUGUCCCCCCUCCCACAUGUCCUCCAAGAGGAGAUCUUCCUCCGCCUGGCUACCCCAACCGACCUCGUCCGCGCCUCUCUCGCCCGCCGCUCCUUCCUCCGCCGCUUCCGCAAAUGCCACUCUCCGCCCCUCCUCGGCUUCAUGGACUGGGAAGGCUUCAGCCAGGUCCUCCCGCCUCACCCCUCCGCGCCCGCCGCCCGCGAGGUCGCCCGGGCCGCCGAUUUCUCCUUCUCCUUCGUCCCACCCCCCGCCUGCCACUCCGUGGACUGGAAAGUCCUGGACAUCCGCGACGGCCGCGUGCUCCUCUGUGGCGGCCCCAAAAUAGAGAACGGCCGCCUGCUCCUCUUCCCGGAGCUUGCGGUGUGCGACCCCUUGCACCGGCAGCACCGCCUGCUUCCCCCAAUCCCUGACGACCUAGCCGCGCUGGUGGGAGACCCACUCGCGGUGGGCUACUACCACUGCUCCAACGCCAUCCUGGUCCCUCCCGCCCCCUGCAAGGAGGACGAAGAGGAAAAGGAAGAGUCAGACAACGAGACUUCAUUCAGAUUGAUCUGGAUGGCACGGUGCACCACGGAAGUCGUCACAAUCGUCUAUUCUUCGACCACAGGACAGUGGCAAUCCAUUGCAUCCCGGAGCUGGAGCGAUUUGUUUGCUGGCCAGCUGACCGAACCGUUGAAAUCCUCUUUGUUAGGCCGUUGUCAGUGCGCCUACGGAUGUUUGUACUGGCCGAUGAAACAGAUGCCGUUACACGGCCUGAACUGGGAAGCCAUGCUCAUGCUUGACACCAUAAGGAUGGAGUUUGCCCUUGCUGAUUACCCGCCCGGGAGAUGGACGGGGCGACGGAUUGGCAUUGUGGAGGCUGGGGGGAGCAGGCUUGGGUUGAUUUCUUUAUCUGACGGCACAUCACACCUUUGUUAUUUUGUUAGCGGAAAUGGACAAGAGUGUUCCAGCGAGUGGGAGAUGGAUAAGGUAAUCCCAUUGGGUCAUGGGAACAGCCAUACUAUUAUUGAUUCAACCGAGAGGUACUUGCUCCUAGUAGAACACAAUUCCGAAACAGGGUACUCUAAAUGUUUCUCACUGGACGUCGAGACAUUUCAGCUUAAGAAGGUGUGGAGAAAAUCUCAUGCCCCGUGUGGACCCAUAUAUGCCAACUUCCCACCAUCAUUAUCAUCAGGGACAAUAUGAAUGGAAACAUGCCUUGUGAACAAAAAGGAUAUCAGCAAGGUCUUGGACAACAAGGAUGGCCUGAAAGAUGAUAAAUCAGCUAAAUUUGGUUCAGAACUGGUAGCAAAAUAUGUUCUUGUUUGUCCUAAGAAACUUUUGUAGUGCCUACCAGCUUUAUUCUUCAUGGCUUCAUGUUUCCUGUUCUAUGUUUCUUUGCCUCUGGAGAAAUGUUAAUGAUAAUAUGAUUAAGAUGCUUUUCUAUCUUAACUGCAUAUGAAAAAUGUUCCAAAUUGUUCUCCAAUGUAGUAGUAAUUUUUAUUUGUUAAUGAAUGAAACUGUCCUGCAAACAUAAGACAAGUUUGGCUUGACCCAUUAUGAAACAUAUGCGAUAUGCCUGCCUUGAA